AUGACAGUAACACAAAUAAUCCACUUCCGCGCGCCCUCCGCCUCGGAAGCCGACGCAGCAGCCCACGCCGCCGUCAAAGCCCUCAAAGGCGCCAAAGCCCCCGAAAACUACGUCCUAGGCACCCAAACCCAGGAUAAGCGCAACCUGCAGCUGACAUCGGAAUGGCACGACCCCAAAGCCGAGUCCUCAGCGGAAGCAAACACGUACCGCGAGACCGUCAUCAAGACCCUCGGAAACCCCAACAAGAUGUUCCACGUCACUUUCAAAGACGGCCAAUCCGCCUUCGACAACAGCGGCCCCAUGUCCUCUCCCCUGGUCGAAUUCGUGCAAAUCUACUUCCCAGCCAACAAGAUCAACGAGUCGUUCAGGAAUAAGAUCGAGAAGGAUUUCAACAAGUUCAACGAUAUUUGUGCGAAGGCUUUGAAGGGGAGCGGAGGGUUGACGUAUGGAUGGGUGAUGGAGGAGCUGGAACACAAGGAUGUGAAGAAGGAGAAGGCGAAGUGCUUUUUUGUGGCGAGGGGAUGGGAGGGUAUGCAGUAUUUUGAGGAGGCGGUUAAGAGCGAGGAGUACAAAGAGGCGAUUGGGAUUUUGUUGGCGUGGGAGGCGCCGUGGGAGUUGUGGCAUGUGAAGAGGGAGUAUUAG